CGGCUAUAGACAGAAACACAGCAUGCUGGAAACUCAGGGUCGGCACAGGGUGUUUUAUUUUGAAAAUUUAUUGGAUUCUCCAUGCUGUUUUGUCUCUGACUUUGUGUCCGGUUCAACCUGCUGUGUGCUGCUUCUGGUGGGCUUCGGGUAACACGCCUCCUGUUAUAUAUAAAAGGUGCAGUAUCAUCAUCACCACAGAAAACUGAUCCACAGUACUUACCUGAUCAUCAUGAUGAAGCCGAUCCUUUCUCUGACUCUCAUCUGGGCGCUCUCCAGCACAGCUGGAGCCCUUCAGUGUCAAAGCUGCCAAAAUGAUCAGUGUACAAACCCACCAUCAUUACCAUGUUCUUCACAGACCAUGUGUGUGACAGCUACCUUUCAAGUUUCUACAUCUGGAGUUACCGUCCCACAAAUCAUCAAGGCGUGUGCACCAUCCUCCGUGUGUCCAGCUACAGGCCCUCAGACAUUUUCAUUUAACGCGGGUGUUGCGCAGAUAGUUGCAUCUCUUCAGUGCUGCAACACAGAUAACUGCAACACAGAAACUCUACCUAAGCCUGUUCCUCAGCCAAACAGCUUAAAGUGUUUCACUUGUGACCCCCUCAUUUCUCACUGCAACUCAUCUCAAUUACAAUGUAAGGGAGCAGAGGACCGCUGCUUUAAAGUGAAUGUGACGACUGGAGGCAAUACUUCUCCAUUCUCUGGCUGUGCAUCUGCAAACCUGUGUGCACUUGGUGACAGCCUGAGUAGCCUACCUGUCUUGCAAGGUUUUGGUAGCUUCAGUACACCAUCCUGUUGUGGGACCAGUUUGUGUAAUGCUGUUACAAGAACUGCCAGUGACGCCGGCUGUAUGAGUCUGCUGCUCGGAGUCCUCAUCUUUACCCUCCGUUUUUUUGAAGCCUGAUUUUGGGAUAUCAGGGAUGGAGUCUGGAUGAAGUUGCGGUGGGACACAAAGGCAGCAAAGAAAUAGACACAUAUACAAACACAUACUUGUACACACAACAGAGGGGAUACUACUUUUUUCAUGGCUUUAAUUUACUGGGUACAUAAUCAAAUAAGUUAAUAGAUUUUUUUAAUCAAACCUGAUUGAAUGCAGUAACAGUAUAUUGUACAAUCAUAUUACUUAAUUUUAGAAAAAUACGAAUGUUUGAUAUUAAUGUAAGACUCAAUAUGAGAA